AUGUCUCUAGCCACAGGCGAACCCUCCACUCAAGUAUUUGACAGAAUCGCCGAAUACUUGGCGUCAGAGUCUGCGAAACAGCAAGCCAUCAAAGAUUUUGGCAAGAUCUUCAAGUUCCAGCUGAACGGCGAGGGCGGCGGACAGUGGUAUGUGGACCUGAAGAAUAAUGGUACCAUAGUCGCUGGCAAAGACUAUGUGGAGGGCGAAAGUCCAGAUAUAACCUAUAUUGUUGAUGCUUCCGACUUCAAGGAGUUGGUUGACGAUCCUCAGUACAAGGCACUGGAAUAUUCCUUCUCAGGCAAGCUGAAUGUAUCUGGCGACAAGACACUGGUGCCACAAAUUGUCAAGAUUCUGGAAAUGGGUAAAAAAUGA